AUGAGCGACGCUGAACGGAACGACAGAAUCGGUGAGGCCGAGCAGAGGCCACCAAGCUGCGGGGAUGAGAAGCUGGACGAGGCACUGCGUCGCUGGAUGCGCUGGGACAAGAAUGAGUGGACGCGUGCCCAAACAGCUGCCUUGCUGGAGUCGGUGAGCGUGUCAGAGCUGCGGGGCCGGUUCUGUUCCACGCUGUCAUUUGGCACCGCUGGACUGAGAGCGCCGAUGGGGGCAGGUUUUAACCGCAUCAAUGACCUCACAGUUAUCCAGUCCACACAGGGUUUGUGUGUCUACCUGCUGAAGUGUGUUCCAGACGCAGCACGCAGAGGUGUAGUCGUUGGCUUUGACACCAGGGGACAGCCUGAGAGCGGCUGUAGUAGUCAGAGGCUGGCGUCAUUAACGGCAGCAGUCUUGCUGAGCAGAGAUGUUGGCGUGCAUCUUUUUUCCAGCUAUGUGCCCACUCCAUAUGUGCCCUUCGCCGUCAAGGAGCUAGGUGCGGCGGCGGGCGUGAUGAUUACAGCGUCUCACAAUCCCAAAGAGGACAACGGAUACAAGGUAUAUUGGUCAAACGGCGCUCAGGUGACUGCGCCACAUGACGCCGCCAUCAUGGCGUGCGUGAAGGAGCAUCAGGAGCCCUGGGGCGCCGCCUGCUGGGACGUCACGCUGGCACAGAGCAGUCCGCUGCGGAGCGACCCGCUGAAGCGCGUGGACGAUGCUUACAUGCAAACCCUCACCAGCCUCUGCUGGAACAGGGAGGCGAAUUCGAGGUGUCCCCUCAAGUUUGUGCACUCGUCAUUCCACGGCGUCGCUCAUGACUUUGUCCGACGGGCCUUCGCCGCCUUUGGAUUUGAUCGGCCGCCCAUUCCUGUCCCAGAGCAGAAAGACCCCGAUCCACAAUUCCCGACUGUACACGUCCCCAACCCCGAGGAAGGUCACUCAGUCCUGGAGCUGUCUAUCCGUCUGGCCGAGCAGGAGAAUGCCACCGUGGUCCUGGCGACCGAUCCUGACGCCGAUCGCUUGGCAGUGGCGGAGCAGACCAACAGCCGUGAGUGGAAGGUGUUUUCGGGAAACGAGCUGGCAGCGUUGCUGUCGUGGUGGAUGUUGUCAGCAUGGAAGCACACGCAUGGCGAUUGCGCUGACCUGCAGGACGUCUAUAUGCUCACCACCGCCGUCUCCUCCAGGAUUCUCCACGCCCUCGCCCGCCAGGAAGGAUUCAAGGUAGAGGAAACUCUUCCAGGUUUCAAGUGGAUCGGGAACAGAAUCCAAGAGCUCACUGCAGUGGGAAAGACAGUUUUGUUCGCCUUUGAGGAGUCCAUUGGCUUCUUGUGCGGCAGUCUGAUUCCCGAAAAGGACGGCGUGAGCACGGCCGCUGUGAUGGCUGAGAUGGCCUCCUUCCUUCAUGAAAGGAACCUCAGUUUCCAGCAACAACUGCACAACAUCUACCAAAUGUACGGAUAUCAUCUGUCGCGAACAUCCUACGUCACCUGCAAUGACACAGUUGCCAUUCGCCGCAUUUUUACUCGCAUCAGAGACUUUGAGAGCAGCGGCACGUAUCCCAACACUUGCGGCGGCAUACGUGUGGUCAACGUUAGAGAUGUUAACACAGGAUAUGACAGCAGCCAGACGGACAAUCGCUCGGUGCUGCCUGUGAGCAGGAGUGGUCACAUGGUCACCUUCAUGCUGGAAAACGGCGUCGUGGCCACGCUAAGGACGAGCGGCACCGAACCCAAAAUCAAAAUCUACACUGAGCUCUGCACCGUGCCCGGAACCAGUGAGGUAUCUGGCCUGGAGGCAGAGCUUCAGAAGGUGACUGACGCACUGCUGGAGGACUUCCUCGAACCUGAAAAAAACAACUUGAUUCGCCGCGUAGUCUAG